AUCUAUAGGCGAAAGUUCUAAACUAUUCCCAGUUUAGAUAACAAACACAAAAAUAAGUUUUAAAUUCAUUUAUUAGUGGUAAAUUGAAUAAAUACGCGUUCGUUUAUGAUCCGUUAUUAUCCAAUUUAAAGGAUAGUUGGUCGUUGCGUCGUUCUAGUCAGUUAAAAAAUCGUGUUGGUGCGACAGCGUCGGGGUUGAAAAUACAAACAAAAAUCAUUUGACACCUUCGCUUUCAUUGUCUAAAAUAAAAACCGAGCGAUAAAUUUAUCAAUAAUACAACAAGAGAUAGGGAGAGACCCCGUUUGAAGAACGUUUAUUCAGCAUUCAGUUAGAUGUGUACGUUCUAAACGCAACAACGUAUCAUUUUUAUCUCGAAAACAGAAAUGUAAUUUAUCAAGAUGAUAAUGACUAGGUUAGGACAGUUCCUAAGCAUACUUUUGAUUUUAUUGAAUAACACAGCAGCUAUUAAAAAAUGCAACUCGUCAAAUUUAAUAAAUUUCGAUUGCGGUCCAAAUGGAAUUUGCGUUUUAACAACUAUGGAAAAGGAAGAAUUGGGCAAUUGCGAAUGCAAAAAAGGGUUCGAAAUGAACGAGAAGAACGUUUGUGUAAAAAGUUCAAAGACACGAUCAGACGACAAAGAUUUUAUCUCGAGCAGUUUGGUCGACGAGACCAAUACCGACAAAAAAGGUCAUGUCGCUGCGGCCAUAAUCAUACCGGCGUUUCUAAUCGCGUUGGUGAUGGCAAGCGUUUACAUUGGAUAUAAAUACAGGGUGCUAACCUGGGUUCGAAAUAAAAUGAAUAAUCGUAGUACAUCGAAUUACGAUGAGGUUAUGAUCGGCCAAGAUCUUGAUGAUGAUGAUCCACCUUUACGUUAAAAUAUAAUUUUUGAUGGAAACAUUUGAAAAUUGAUGUGACCCCCAAUUUUUCCUAUUCUUAAUUUUUAAGUUGUAAAUUGUAUGAUGAUGUAAUUUAUUAUUGUUAUUAUUUAUUCGAUACCAAAGUGUCUACAUGUAUUUUGUGGAUGAAUAAACGUAAAUAUAUAUUAUAUACUAGAAA